AUGAGCGGCAAAUUCGUCAGAGCCUCCAAAUACCGCCACGUCUUUGGACAGGCAGCCAAGAAGGAAUUGUGCUAUGAAAACUUGAAAAUCACCAAAAAUGCCUGGGACUCCAACAUCAUCAGCAGCAACGGCAAGUACUUGUCAGUCAAUUGGGACGCGUCUGGCGGUGGAGCGUUUGCAGUGAUCCCUCUAUCGGAAGUGGGCAAAGCACCUGACCAGGUGCCGCUUUUCCGUGGCCACAAGGGCCCAGUUUUGGAUACGGUGUUCAACCCGUUUGACUCCCAGCAAGUGGUCAGUUGUUCCGACGACGGCAAGAUCUUGUUGUGGCAGAUUCCUGACGACUACUCGUUCCACCGUUACGUGGACGCCAACGACAACAUCAAGGACAUCACCGAGCCCUUGAAGGUGUUGUCUGGCCACACCAGAAAGGUGGGCCACGUCGAGUUCCAUCCCUGCGCUGCCAACGUGUUGGCAUCGUGUUCGAUGGACUACACAGUCAAAAUCUGGAACCUCGACUCCGGAAAGGAUGAGAUCACCUUACAACACAAAGACUUAGUGACCUCGUUUGCUUUCAACUACAACGGUUCGUUGAUGGCCACCACCUCCAGGGACAAGAAGUUGCGUAUCUGGGACGUCCGUCUGGGCAAGGUGCUCAGUGAGGGCAAUGGCCACACUGGAGCCAAGCCUUCGCGAGUGGCCUGGCUCGGAAACACCGACAGAAUCGUCACCACAGGGUUCUCGCGGCUUUCGGACCGUCAGGUGGGGCUCUGGGAUGUCAACGACAUCGAAAAGGGCCCCAUCGACGGAUUCCUCGUCAUUGACUCGUCCUCAGGAGUGUUGAUUCCAUACUUCGAUGAAGCCACUUCCAUCUUGUACUUGGCUGGUAAGGGAGACGGUAACAUCCGUUACUUCGAGUACAACGAGGACUACUUCCACGAGUUGUCGCAGUAUGCCUCCACGGACGCUCAGAGGGGGUUCGUUGCGGCCCCCAAACACUCGGUGAAUGUCAAGGAAAACGAAAUCACCAGGGCUUUCAAGACCGUCAACGACCUGUCGAUUGAGCCUAUCUCCUUCAUCGUGCCCAGAAGAUCCGAAUUGUUCCAACAAGAUAUCUAUCCAGACUGUCCCUCCGGCAAGCCAGCAUUGACUGCUUCUGAAUGGUUUGCUGGCAAGGAUGUCAAUGGUCCCUUGUUGAUGAGCAUGGAUGCUCUUUACGAGGGAACCACUCCAUCGAUCAGAGAGUCUGAGCCAGUGACUAAAGUCUCUGAAGCCAGGGAAGAGGCUGAGAAGAAGAAGGCAGAAGAAAAGAAGGCAGAAGCCAAGCAGACCGAGGAAAAGAAAGCUUCCAAGGAGGUCAAGGAGCCAGUCAAGGAAUCUUCUCCUGUGACAAAGAACGUCGACGAAGUGUUGAAGUCGGACUCGAAGGUCAACAACUUGCUUGACAAGGUUAACGGGCAAUCUGACGACGAGGACGCCGUUUCCGAAGACGAGAAGGAUGGUGACUGGGAAGAAGUUGCAAAGCCAAGCAAAGAAACUACCCCUAAGCAGAUUAAGUCAGAAGAAUCUAAGAAAGUGGAGCCAAAAGUUGAGGCCAAAAAGGAAGAACCAAAGGCCGAGCCCAAGGUAGAGGCUAAGAAAGAAGAGACCAAGGUUGAACCAAAGGUUGAGUCAAAGAAGGAAGAGCCAAAGAUCGAGCUCUCCAAGCCCAAGGAACUCGCAAAGACCCCAGAACCAGCCAAGCCAGAAUCUCCUGUUAAGGCUGGUGCCGGUGCCCCAACAUUAAAGGCAACCGUGGAGAAGUUGGCCAACAUUGUCAUUCAAUUGGAGAGCCAAGUCCAGAAAUUGACUGAUGCGGGCCUCGAAAAGGACGAAAGAUUAGCUUCCUUGGAGAAGAAGAUUGAUGAGUUAUUGAGAAAGUAG